AUGAGUCUUUCCGCCGCAUUCCGCACCUCGCGCACACUCGCCUCUCCCCGCCUCUCGCCGCGCUCCCCCGCUUGCGCGUCUGUGUCUCGGCCAAAUUGGCGACCAGCCGCCGCGUCGAUAUGCCCUUCGUCAGCGUUGCGAAGCUCUCCGGCGGGGGCGGGGCUGGCGGAGCGGGUGGUGGCGUUUCAGCGCGCGUUUUGGAAGUUCCUGCGCCCGCACACCAUCCGCGGCACCGUGCUCGGCACCACCGCGGUGGUGGCGCGCGCGCUGCUGGAGAACCCGCAGGCGAUCGACUGGGGGCUGAUGCCGCGCGCGCUGAGAGGGCUGCUGGCGCUGCUGUGUGGUAACGGGUACAUCGUGGGCAUCAACCAGAUCUAUGAUACCGAUAUUGAUAGGGUGAACAAGCCGUUCCUCCCAGUGGCAGCGGGCGAGCUCUCCCCCACGCUCGCCGCUCUCCUCUGUCUGCUGCUCUCAGCUGGCGGCCUGGCCAUAGUCGCGCUCAACUUCGGUCGGCUCAUCACGGCGCUCUACGCACUGGGGCUGCUGCUGGGGACCGUCUACUCCGUGCCGCCGCUGCGCCUCAAGCAAUACCCCCUGCCCGCCUUCCUCAUCAUCGCCACUGUGCGCGGGUUCCUGCUCAACUUCGGCGUGUACUAUGCCACGCGCGCUGCCCUCGGGCUGCCCUUCGCCUGGAGUCCAUCAAUAGUGUUCAUAACGUGCUUCGUGACGCUAUUCGCCACCGUCAUCGCCAUCACCAAGGACCUGCCCGACAUUGAGGGCGACCGCCAGUUCAAGAUAGAGACCUUCGCCACGCGCCUGGGGGUGCGCAACAUCGCCUUCCUCGGCUCGGGGCUGCUGCUCGCCAACUACUGCGGUGCCGUCGCUGCCGUCCUGCUGCUGCCGAAAGCGUUUCGCCAGGCUGUCAUGAUUCCCGCCCACCUGCUCCUUGCCGCUGCUCUCGUCUAUCAGACAUGGAAGCUGGAUGCAGCAGCCUACACCAAGGAUGCCAUCGCACGCUUCUAUCAAUUCAUCUGGAACCUUUUCUACUUGGAAUAUUGCUUGUUGCCAAUCAUCUAG